AUCUUCGUUCAAGAUCUCUCUAUCCCCGUCUCUCUCUCUCUCUCUUGUUUCGAUCAAUCGAUCUAAACUCAAACAGAGAAAUUGAAAAAAAAGAGGCAAAUUCUGAUACUCUGAACUCUCUUGUCUCUCUCCGUUUCGCCCGCUAGCGCAGUGAUUACGCAAAAGAGAUGAAAGAGAGUGGAGAUGGGAUCAAGAGUGAUAGACCCUCCAAAACUUCAUCCGUCAGCUCUCUUCCACUCAUUUUGGACAUAGACGACUUUAAGGGGGACUUUUCUUUCGAUGCAUUAUUCGGUAACUUGGUGAAUGAGCUUCUCCCAUCUUUCCAAGAAGAAACAGAUUCAUCUGAAGCACACAACAAUGUCAGUGGUAGUGAUUCAUUGCCAAAUGGGCAUGCACGACUGUCAGCGGAUGCAGCAAAAUCAGCCCAGGGCCUAUCUAGCCCUCUAUUUCCUGAAGUAGAUAAGCUCUUAUCUUUGUUCAAAGAUUCUUGUAAAGAGUUGGUUGGUCUUCGGAAACAGAUUGAUGGGCGACUUUACAAUCUUAAGAAGGAUGUCUCUGCACAAGAUUCUAAGCACCGGAAAACAUUGGCUGAGUUGGAGAAAGGUGUAGAUGGCUUAUUUGAUAGCUUUGCGAGGUUAGAUUCACGUAUUUCAAGUGUUGGACAGACAGCUGCAAAAAUAGGAGAUCAUUUGCAGAGUGCAGAUGCUCAGAGAGAAACGGCUAGUCAAACAAUAGAACUGAUAAAGUACUUAAUGGAGUUCAAUAGCAGCCCAGGCGACCUUAUGGAACUUUCACCCCUAUUUUCUGAUGAUGCUCGUGUUGCUGAGGCUGCAUCAAUUGCACAAAAAUUACGGUCGUUUGCCGAGGAAGAUAUCGGAAGACAAGGCAUAACUGUACCAUCAGUUGCAAGCAACACAACAGCUAGCAGAGGAUUGGAAGUCGCAGUUGCAAAUCUUCAGGACUACUGCAAUGAACUGGAGAACAGAUUGCUGGCUAGGUUUGAUGCUGCAUCACAAAGAAGAGAAUUAUCCACCAUGUCAGAAUGUGCUAAAAUUUUAUCUCAGUUUAACAGGGGUACUAGUGCUAUGCAACAUUAUGUGGCAACACGUCCAAUGUUUAUUGACUUGGAAGUCAUGAAUGCAGAUACAAGAUUGGUUCUUGGUGACCACAGUUCACAGGCUACUCCUAGCAGUGUUGCUCGAGGCCUUGCUUCCUUGUACAAGGAAAUUACAGAUAUUGUACGUAAGGAGGCAGCUACAAUAAUGGCUGUAUUCCCUUCUCCUAAUGAAGUAAUGUCAAUUUUAGUUCAGCGUGUUUUGGAACAAAGAGUUACGGCCCUUCUAGACAAAUUAUUAGUGAAGCCUUCUCUUGUAAACCCACCUCCUAUGGAAGAAGGUGGACUUCUUUUGUAUCUGAGAAUGCUGGCAGUGGCUUAUGAAAAGACUCAAGAACUUGCUAGAGAUCUGUGCGCGGUGGGAUGUGGAGACUUGGAUGUUGAGGGCCUCACAGAGUCUCUGUUUUCUUCUCACAAGGAUGAAUAUCCCGAACAUGAGCAGGCCUCCCUCAGACAACUUUACCAAGCCAAAAUGGCAGAACUGCGUGCUGAAACUCAGCAGGUAUCGGACUCAACUGGAACAAUUGGGCGCUCAAAAGGAGCUUCAGUGGCAUCUUCCCACCAGCAAAUAUCUGUUACUGUUGUGACAGAGUUUGUGCGCUGGAAUGAAGAAGCAAUUUCCCGGUGCAGUUUGUUCUCAUCUCAACCUGCUACCCUUGCAACCAAUGUCAAAGCAGUUUUCACUUGUUUGCUAGACCAAGUCAGUCAAUAUAUAACAGAAGGACUUGAACGUGCUAGAGAUGGCCUGACAGAAGCUGCAGCUUUGAGGGAAAGAUAUGUGCUGGGCACUGGUGUUAGUAGAAGAGUGGCUGCAGCUGCUGCAUCUGCUGCAGAAGCUGCUGCUGCUGCUGGGGAAAGUAGCUUCAGAUCUUUCAUGGUCGCCGUGCAGCGUUGUGGUAGCAGCGUGGCUAUAGUUCAACAAUACUUUGCAAACUCCAUAUCUCGGCUUCUACUACCUGUGGAUGGUGCACAUGCUGCUUCAUGUGAAGAAAUGGCAACAGCUAUGUCCAGUGCAGAGGGUGCGGCCUAUAAAGGGCUUCAACAAUGUAUUGAAACUGUCAUGGCUGAGGUGGAGCGGUUACUUUCAGCUGAACAAAAGUCAACGGAUUAUCGGUCACCUGAUGAUGGAAUUGCUCCUGAUCAUCGACCAACAAAUGCAUGCACAAGAGUUGUUGCCUAUCUCUCCCGUGUACUGGAAUCUGCAUUCACAGCACUUGAAGGCCUUAACAAACAGGCAUUCCUCACUGAAUUGGGAAAUCGCUUGCAUAAAGGGCUGCUUAAUCAUUGGCAAAAGUUUACUUUUAAUCCCAGUGGAGGGUUGCGGCUGAAGCGUGACAUAACAGAGUAUGGAGAAUUCGUUCGCAGUUUUAAUGCUCCUUCCGUUGAUGAGAAGUUCGAAUUGCUGGGCAUCAUGGCCAAUGUGUUUAUCGUUGCUCCUGAAAGCCUCUCAACUCUAUUCGAGGGUACUCCUAGUAUUCGGAAAGACGCACAAAGGUUUAUUCAACUGAGAGAGGAUUAUAAGAGCGCAAAGCUUGCUUCUAGACUGAGUUCCUUGUGGGCAAGCUCUAGUUGAUCGGAGGCAGUUUGCUGAUGUGGAUCUAGUGGCUCCUUUGCUAAGGAAGCUGAAAGCUCAUCUGGAGACUGGAAUCAUCCGGAGACCAAAGGCGAGGCUUGAAUACCAUUUAGCAAUUAAGAGUGCAUUUACAGGCCGUAAAAAUCGAUUGUUUCUUUUUCCCCUUUUCUUAUGUGUUGCUUUUGCUCUAUCCAUUCUUUCCUUUUUUUUGAGUGUAUAUUAUGGAGGUACGAAUAGGAAGAAGAUUUGAUAGAUUUUUGGUCUUCAAAGCUUUAUUUUAUGUACUAGGUUUGGAAUAUUCUUUGCCCGACAAUUGGUAGAUAUGAUAUGGUGUGUCCUUUUCUCCUUGUAAAUGAUUCUUUGGGGGAUAAAUGAAGACAGCCAAGUUGGUGCGCCUA